AUGAAGCAGGCGGAGCUCACAGGGCUGCUCUGCGUGAUAUGGGCGGUGACUCUCCUCUAUGGUGAGAUGGUGGCCUUUUGGAGGCCCUCUCUCGGGUCUUGUUCAUGGCCUCAUCAGAGCAACAACGCUUCUUCUUCCAUGGCUGACCGCGAUUAUGUCAAAGUGGCGGUCCUCACAGACCCACAGCUCAUGGACAGAACCUCGCUUCCUCUUCCCCCAAAAUCACUUGCUCUCGAGUUGGCUCAGUUCUUCGCCGACUUGUUCAUGCGCAGAGCCUUUCAUCAAUCUGUGCUUCCUCUGCAGCCCGAUGUUAUUUUCUUUUUAGGUGAUUAUUUCGAUGGCGGUCCUUAUCUUUCGGAUGAAGAGUGGAAGGAAUCUUUAAGCCGUCUCAAACAUAUUUUUUCCCUGAGUGCUCCUGAAAGAUAUUCAAAUAUCCCAGUUUACUACCUUUCUGGAAACCAUGACAUUGGCUAUGGAAUUCUCCACUCUCGUAGGGCAGAGGCAAUCAAACGAUAUGAAAAGGAAUUUGGUAGCAGAAACUAUCGAUUUGCAGUUGGAAAAGUGGAGUUUAUUGCCAUUGACGCUCAAACUAUUGAUGGAAAUCCUCAAGGAAUUCUGACUUCCUCUACUCAUGAUUUUAUCAAGAAUGUCUCCAUGGAUGUUCAAGCAUAUCCAAGGGUUUUGUUGACCCAUAUUCCAUUGUACCGACAAGAUUGGACAGACUGUGGCCCCAAUCGUAAUUCAGAAAUCGUCAACCAGCGGAUUGUGCGCUCUGCUGAUGGUCAAGAAGUAGUGUAUCAGAAUUACAUUACAGAGGAAUCAUCAAAAUACUUAUUGGAUUCAAUUCAGCCAGUACUUGUUUUAUCUGGUCAUGAUCACGAUCAGUGCCAUGUGAUCCAUGAGUCAAAAUAUGGGCCUGUAGGGGAGUACACUGUAGGGACAGUAAGUUGGCAGCAGGGAAACUUGUAUCCGUCUUUCAUGUUAGUGUCCACUAGUAAUUUUGUACCUUCAACUGCAUCCGAUGCUGAAGAGGCAAUCUUAACUCAGCCGUGCUUUCUUCCUAUGCAAACACACAUUUACAUAUGGUACCUCUCUCUAUUUGCUUUGACCCUCCUUGCCCUCCUGCUUUGGCCAUCCAGUGGUGUUAGUGUUGGGCAUCAUUUUAGUGAUUUAAUGGGGCUUGGAAAACAACUAAUAAGUAGCAUCAAAAGUAGAACAAAAGAGAAAAAUGAAGAUCUAAAUUGUGAGUAUGAGAUGAUUUGGGAUGCAGAAGGAUCAAUGCAUCUUGUCAAGAAAGCCUUGAGCACUCCUAUUGCACGUACAAGCGAGAAAAAUUUAGCAGAAAGCAGAGGCACUGCUGUGAUGCGGCCCACAGCUAGAAAGAAUAGUUCCCAGGAGAUAGAGGUCACUGUGAAUGCAGACACCGACACCGAUGCUAUGGCAAAAUUACUGCCUAGAGCAAGCAGAUCAUGGACAAAGAGAGUGAUCAAAAGAUUGGUGCGGACAUUUAGAAUGGUCAUAAUCAUCGCUGCAGUAAAUGUACCUCUCUAUGUGAUGUUACUUUUCAAGGACUGGAUUGACAAAUGA